AUGCUGCUGUGGGUGCCGCAGGCGCUGCUUGCCUUGCUUCUGUCCGGGCUCCUGGCCCAGGGAGAAGCCAAGCACAGGCGGGGCCCCCAGGCCCGGAACGCCUCCAGGCCAGCUCUGCUGCGGCUGUCAGAUCACCUCCUGGCCAACUACAAGAAGGGUGUGCGGCCUGUACGGGACUGGAGGACGCCGACCACGGUUUCCAUUGAUGUCAUCGUCUACGCCAUCCUCAGCGUGGAUGAGAAGAAUCAGGUGCUGACCACAUACAUCUGGUACCGGCAGUACUGGACUGAUGAGUUUCUCCAGUGGAACCCGGAGGACUUUGACAACAUCACCAAGUUGUCCAUCCCCACGGACAGCAUCUGGGUCCCAGACAUCCUCAUCAAUGAGUUUGUGGACGUGGGGAAGUCUCCAAAUAUCCCGUACGUGUAUGUCCGCCAUCAUGGAGAGGUCCAGAACUACAAGCCCCUCCAGGUGGUGACCGCCUGUAGCCUUGACAUCUACAACUUCCCCUUCGAUGUACAGAACUGCUCGCUGACCUUCACCAGCUGGCUGCACACCAUCCAGGACAUCAACAUCUCCCUGUGGCGCCUGCCGGAAAAGGUGAAAUUGGACAGGAGCAUCUUCAUGAACCAGGGCGAGUGGGAGCUGCUGGGGGUGCUGACCCAGUUUCAGGAGUUCAGUAUAGAAAGCAGCGACUGUUACGCAGAGAUGAAGUUCUAUGUGGUCAUCCGCCGGCGGCCCCUGUUCUAUGUGGUCAGCCUGCUGCUGCCCAGUAUUUUCCUCAUGGUCAUGGACAUCGUAGGCUUCUACCUGCCCCCGGACAGUGGCGAGAGGGUCUCCUUCAAGAUCACGCUCCUCCUGGGCUACUCGGUCUUCCUGAUCAUUGUGUCCGACACGCUGCCGGCUACGGCCAUUGGCACGCCCCUCAUCGGUGUCUACUUCGUCGUGUGCAUGGCUCUUCUGGUGAUCAGCUUGGCCGAGACCAUCCUCACCGUGCGGCUGGUACACAAGCAGGACCUGCAGCAGCCAGUGCCUGCCUGGCUGCGGCACCUGGUCCUGGAGAGAGUCGCCCUGCUCCUCUGCCUAGGGGAACAGUCGACUUCCCGGAGGCCCCCAGCCACCUCCCAAGCCACGAAGACCGAUGACUGCUCAGACAUGGCAAACCACUGCAGCCAUUUGGGGGGAUCCCGGGACUUGGAGAAGACCCCGAGGGGCAGUGGCAGCCCUCCCCCACCGCCGCGGGACGCCUCCCUGGCGGUGCGUGGGCUGCUGCAGGAGCUGACCUCCAUCCGGCACUUCCUGGAAAAACGGGAGGAGAGCCGAGAGCUGGCCCGGGACUGGCUGCGCGUGGGCUCCGUGCUGGACAGGCUGCUCUUCCGCAUCUACCUGCUGGCGUUGCUGGCCUACAGUGUCACCCUGGUCACGCUCUGGUCCAUCUGGCAGUAUUCCUGAGUGGGUCCAGCCCAGUA